UCGGAGUCGUCGGCGUAUUUGCGUUCAGUCCGUGCUAUCGAUUGAAACGAUAUGGAACCAUAGAAGAAAAUUGUCACUUCUCCACACGUAACGUCGAGCUGCUCCAGUAAUUUCAAUCAUUCGGGCGCGAGUAGAGCACUAACUCCGAUAGUCUGGCGGGAUAGUGGUUGUGCGAGCGCGCUAUUGGAACGUUUGGAUUGUAGUCCGCGUAUUUGUUUCGCUGCAUUUUCCGCUGUGCGAUUCCGCUGGGUUUUCAGAUAUUAAGCCGUCACUCAUAAGUAACAAUUUCAUUUCGAGCAGUAUAGACAAAAAGCAACGUUCAGUGCGCGCUAUCUGGUGACUCGACACUUCGUGUGACAACAAUCUCACGUCGCGAUAAUUGACUCCGCGGGCGAGAACAAGUGUAGAGCUCUACUUUCGCGCGCGCGCGCCUGCUCCUCGCCGAAACCACAAAACCAAGCGCUUCGCUCGACGGUUUUUCGAUCUUCUCGAAAAUGGCCUCCGAAUUGCCAUCGAUAGUCGCUUGGUUCUCCAAGAAAAACGUCCUCGUCACCGGAGGCACCGGAUUCAUGGGGAAAGUUCUAAUCUCGAAAUUGCUACUGAGCUGCCCCGACAUAGGCAAUAUAUUUCUGAUAAUACGGAAGAAGAAGGGCGUUGAUUCGCAAAUGAGACUGCAUCUAAUGCUGCAGCAAGAGCCGUUCAGGACGCUUAGGGAAGAAUAUCCAGAACGGCUGAAAAAACUCACCGUGAUAUCCGGCGAGACGACCGUGCAGGGACUCUCUCUGUCUGACACCGACAAGGAACUCCUCACGAGCCAGGUCUCCGUCGUCUUUCACAUGGCCGCUGACAUCAGAUUUGAUCUAUCAUUGAAAACUGCUAUCAAGGCAAACCUCGUAGGCACCGUAAAUGUUGUGGCAUUAGCGAAACAGAUGCCCCUUCUCGAAUCAUUCAUACAUGUUUCGACAUCUUACUGCCAAUGUGGAGAAUCGGUGUUGGAGGAACGCGCUUAUCGAACACCUGUCGCCCCAGAGGGCAUCAUUCAGGUGGUCAAUACAAUGACGGAUGAAGUGCUGGAGUUAAUGACGCCGAAGUUGUUGGGUGUUCAACCAAACACGUACGCCUACAGCAAGGCGCUCUGUGAGGACGUUGUGUCGGGAUGUGGACUACCCGCAGGCGUCGUACGGCCAUCGAUAGUGGUGGCGUCUUUGAAGGAACCGGUGCCUGGCUGGGUAGACAAUCUACACGGGCCGACCGGGCUGAUGAUCGGCGCGGGUAAAGGAGUCAUACGGUCUAUGCUCUGCAAUGCGGAUUACACGGUCAAUCUUAUUCCCUGCGACUUAGCCAUCAAUGCGACGAUCGCAUUGGCCUGGCAGGUCGGCUUGAAAAAGCCCGCCGAACCAUUGUUUCUUAAUGUCACGGUGAACGAGGAGAAUCAGAUUUCUUGGGGCCACGCCUUGGAAACCGGCAAGAAGCAUACCCUCGCCAAUCCGUUCUCGCAACUGCUUUGGUAUCCUGGUGGAGGAUUUACCUCUUCGAAAAUUUUGCAUUGGUUCACCGUUUUGCUGUUGCAUCUUAUACCCGCCUAUCUGUUGGACACUUUGCUCAUCAUCACUGGUAACAAACCAUUUCUCGUACGAGUACAAAACAGAGUUAAGUCCGGUUUAAAGUUGCUUCAAUAUUACACUACAAAACAGUGGAUAUUCCGUAACGACAAUCUGCGUGAGCUGCAACACCAACUAUGUCCUGCGGAUAAAGAAACGUUCUAUAUGGACACGAAUAUUAUCCAUUGGGACGAGUAUUUCUUGACGUACAUCUUAGGUACGAGACAGUACUGUCUGAAGGACGAUCCUUCGACGCUACCACGCGCGAGACAGGUCCUCAUGUACAUGUACUUCGCUGACUGUUUGCUCAAAAUACUAUUUGGAUGUUUCAUCGUUUGGAUGAUGUAUAUCUGGAUGGUCUCCGCUAAAUCUACCAUGGUGAAGAUAAUCGAAUGAAAGAGUACAAAACGUAAAGUGAGAGUAUCUUACGUUACCUCACCAAUUAUCAGGUCCAAAGGUAAAGAGGGAGAGAGUGGAGGAGGGGCGGUACGUAUUAUCGAGCCCGAAAACGUGUUUUUGCCGAACCUGAACCUUUCUGACUUUCUCGUACCCGCUCUCGGUGACCCUGUGCUAAUUCCACGCUUAUUUAUACAGCGGGAUAAUGAGGGUCGCGCACUGACGCAAUUUGCCAAUGGAGAAAUGUGCCAAUGUUUCAAUACUUUGUUACGCAUUAUAUUGUACUAUACUAUAAUCAUACUAUAGUAUACGUUCUGUUUUUAAUAUCCUAGAGCUAUACGCCGCACCAGUCUCGUGAUAUAAUGAUCAGUAAAGAUCAGUAAAGUGCCUGGUAUUCGAUAUUUCGUUCGACUUUCGCGUUUCCUUCGAACAGAGAAUGUGUUACACCAAUUUCUGUCCGCUCUUCUCUCGAUCUGUCUGCGUAUAAACACGAUAGAAACCUUUAGAACUUUCGGGAAUAUUAACUUUCUUAUGAAAAAUCGCGAUUAAGGUUACUCAGUCAUGUGAGAUUAUGUAAGCCGAUUAGGAAUGUAAUGGAUGCAACGAAGACUUAACGAGUCUCACGGUUCAGCAAGGUUCAGCGAGGUACUUUCGCCGCGUCGAGACAAGUAUUAAAGGAACACACGCGCUUCGUUAGAGCGAAUAGCGAUUUUCUUUUUUUUUUUAAGUAACUCCGAUCUAAGUACGAAAUUGCUCGAUUUGAGUUGAGCAACUUAUUUCAGUAAUGCGCACUUUUGUAACUUUUAGCUGUAAAACUUUCGUUUCAGGUUUUAUACUUUUGCUAUAUCUUUCGUAUAAUAAAAUGGAUUCUUGAUGAUGGCAUUAAGAACGCUGUAUGCUUCGUUAA